UUGUAUCACCAUGAAAACUAUGGCUUCCACAAAAUCACCAUCCCUAACUAUUCAAGAAGAAGCUGUGGCAGCUUACUCAUAUCCAUACACCGUAAAUGUUGCAAAUUUUGUCUCUGUGAGGCUCUCGGGUCAAGAUAAGUACAUGUUGUGGCGAACACAAAUGCUUUGCCUCAUCGAGGGUCAUGAAAUGCUCGGUUUCAUCAAUGGCAUACCACCCGAGGCUGAAACCGAAAAAUAUCAGUGGUGGCGGAGGUCCGACGCCCUAAUCCGAGGGUGGAUAUUAGGGUCUUUGAGUGAAGAUGUGCUCAACACCACCAUUGGGCUUAAAACUGCCAAAGAUAUAUGGUUACAUUUAGAAAAUUCUUAUGGGACUUUGCCACCUCAAUCUGGAUUAAUUAAUCUAGAGUUGAAAGAUGAAACUAGAUCCACUUCGCAUUCGAGGUCUCUGCCUGUUCCACUUCGUAGCGUGUCACAACAAAUCGAUCUGAAAGGGGAUUCGUUGACACCAGCCGUCGAAAGCAGUUUCAACGGUAGAGCUAGGAAAUCAUUGGGGUUAGAAAGGACGGUUUUCCCGGAGGACAACCUGGAAGAGAUUUUGCCAGCACUUGUUCCUUUGGAUUUACCUCAGAAUACUCAUUCCUUACAUGAACCAAGGAGCUAUCUCCCAUUAUAUAAAGCCGCCCUUAGAGGUGAUUGGGAGGUUGCACAAGAUUUUAUUAAUGACGACGAAGAAGCAUGCACCGCCAACAUCAACAAACACGGCUUUACAGCUCUUCAUAUUGCAGUUGGGACAGGAAAACAAGGAAUUAGUUUUGUUGAGAAAUUGGUGGCAAAGUUACCACCGAAUUCUCUCCUAAACAUGUUAACCUCUUUUAGAGAUUACACACCACUUCAUAUUGCAGCAGUUGUUGGCAACACAGAAGCGGUUAAAAUCUUGGUGAAUAAAAAUCAAGAGUUGUUAUAUGCUAAAGAUGUGGACGAAUUACUGCCCAUUCAUCGAGCUCUUAUUAAUUCUCAUAAAGAUACAUUUUUAUAUUUAUUGGAUGUCACGAAAGGCAAUCGAUAUCCUUUUACAUACACUGGAAACAUGGGUGUCACACUUUUGUCUAAUGUUAUUUUUGCAGGAUAUUUUGAUAUUGCACUUGAUUUAAUCACUCGAUAUCCUGAAUUAGCUACAACGAUACCACCUGAUAAUGUUGAUGCUCCUUUAAUGGCUAUAGCAAGAAAAGCAGAUGCCUUCAAGAGUGGUUGCUCCCUCGCUUUCUUCGAUAGUUUGAUAUAUAAAUAUGUUCCCUUGAAGUUGGAGAGCCCCAUCUCAAACAAAAAACUAGGGAAGAUGAACUUAUUCACUUCAGUUCUUCACGAGAUCAAUCGUGUGGUUUGGAAGGUUUUGGGUAGAUUCGUGCGACAUAUUACACACGUUCAGAAGCUAAAGCUGGAACAUCAUCAAGCCCUUGCACUUGUGAAAUAUUUAUGCCAAGAAAUCAGUGCAUUAAAUCUUCAAUCAAAUAGUGUCUAUUAUUCCGGCACAAUUAUUGAGGCAGCAAGUAAUGGUGCUUAUGAGGUGGUUCAAGAAAUUGUUGACACGUUUCCUCAAGCAAUUUGGUACGCUGAUAAAAAUGGUCAUUACAUGAUCCAGUUGGCGAUUCUUCAUCGUUGUGAAAUGGUUUAUAAUUUGACAUAUCAAAUGAGCGAUCACAAGCAUUUUCACAAGACUCUUAAGGAUGAUAACAAUAAUAAUCUCUUGCACUUGGCGGGAAAAUUGGCACCUCAACAGAAACUCAAUCUUGUUUCUGGUGCGGCAUUACAAAUGCAACGGGAAUUGCAGUGGUUUAAGGAAAUAGAGACGUUCGUGCAUCCAAAGUACAAAACCGAAAAGAACAUAUUCGACCACACACCUGAGAUGUUAUUCACCAAAGAACACAUAAAACUAGUGAGGGACGGAGAAGAAUGGAUGAAAAAAACAGCUGAUUCAUACACGAUAACAGCAGGCCUCAUAACAACUAUAGUUUUUGCAGCAGCCAUUAUAGUGCCAGGUGGCAACAAUGGCGAUACAGGCCACCCUAUUUAUGCAAGAGAAUUAUCUUUUCUUAUCUUUGCAAUCGCAGAUGCAAUCUCCUUAUUUACAUCCACCACCUCAUUAUUAUUAUUUUUGUCAAUCCUAACAGCCCGUUAUGCAGAACAAGAUUUUCUCUACACGUUACCUUCAAGAUUGAUUAUGGGUCUGGCGACUUUGUUCUUGUCUACAACCUCAAUGAUGAUUGCUUUUGGUGCAUCAUUGUAUCUUUUAUUUGGGCAGGGGAAAGAUUGGAUUUUGAUUCCGAUAGCUGCAUUAUCUUGUUUACCGGUUACUUGUUUUGUGACAUUACAAUUUCCACUUCUUGUAGAGUUAAUAUCGUGUACGUAUGGUCGAGGACUUUUUGGUAAGCAAAGCGAUCGGCCGUUUUAUUGA